AUUUGCAUGUCUGUGUGUUUCCAUACGAAAACACAGACAGAUGAGCCAACGAUUCUGCCCAAAGCGGUUAUUUACAAUCUCGUUUUUCUCUCUAGUUUCCGAUCAUAAUUCACGAUUCUUAAAAAAUGUGCAGGUCAAUACAAGGAUUACACAUCUCAGCCUACAUACAGAUGAUCAUUGGUAUAUUUUGUAUUAUUUUGGGGUUUGUAGAGAUAGGAGAUGAAGUGGAGAGGUAUUAUCAUAAAGUAAUAGCCGUCCCUUUCCUUGGCUUUUGGAUAGGUUUAUGGUUUCUUACUGGGGGAAUUGUUGGGGUACUUGCAAGUUUUUACAGCACAACGCAUUUAAAAGUUUUGAUUAUUGUGUACAUAUUCGUCUCCGUGACAUCAACCUUCCUUGCUGGCCUUAUGACUGCUUGCUACUACCUCACGAUUAAGUUCUGGAAAUACCAAGACACUCAUUAUCCUGCACCUUAUGGGAUUACCUGGGUGAUUACUAUCCUUGGAAGUAUUGAACUACUUGUAAGCCUUUGGGCGUGUGUGUGUUCCUGGAAUAUCAUUUGCACUUCAUCAUGUUGCAAUUUAGAUGUUCAUUCUCAAACGGAAGGAUUUCAAGGAGAUUUCGAAUCAACAUCUCGUAGAACAGGUGCUUCGAGUGCAUUUGUUUUCUUUGAAUAUGACAAUGUAGUCCCUGUUGCAGCUAGUGGACCAAAUAAAGAUCCCUGUGGCACUCCCGAAAACAUCCAAACAGAAGUUGAUUCUAGAAACGAAGAAAUGCCCCCAAGCUACGAAAUGGCAAUGCAAAAUAUAUAAUCUUAAUUCCAUUACAGAAAUAAACAGAACUGUAAACAUAGAAUCUGGUGCUAGUGGACCAAAUGAAGAUCCCGUUGGCACUCCCUAAAGCAUGCAAAGAGAGGUUUUAAUACUAAAAACGAAGAACGGCCUCCAAGCUAUGAAAUAGCAAUGCAAAAUAUAUAACUUAAUUCCAUUACAGAAAUAAACAGAACUGUAAACAUAGAAUCUGGUGCUAGUGGACCAAAUGAAGAUCCCGUUGGCACUCCCCAAGACAUGUAAAGAGAGGUUUUAAUACUUAAAACGAAGAACGGCCUCCAAGCUAUGAAAUAACUUCUCAAAAUGCUUAUUCUAUUACAGAAAUCAGUAGAACUGUUAAAAUAGAAUCUAUUGAUGUACAGUCGGAGGGACCACCAUCACCUUCCUAGGAAUUAAGUCCACUAUCGAAAAUGUUAGUAACACAAUCAUGGUACUUUUUAGACAUUAGCUUUCCGAAGUAAAGACCCCCUCCAUAUGCUAUAUAAUAAGAAAAUAAGUGUAAUAAUCUCUUUAAGCUUAUAA